AGCCAGGAGACCUUCACAUACUCACUCAUACCCUCACUCACACUCACUCACUCUCACACACUCUGACACCCUCUCUCCAGCAGCCCCUCCCCGACAGGCUCAGUCCCUUCCCUGCACCAGACACUCAGCCUCUGCUCUCCCCCUUCGCUGCCCAAAGCCCCCACCCAGCGGCUCCCAGCAUGGCACACAGCUGUUUCUCUGGGCCCUGCUUGCCCUCAGCCUCCGCCAACUCUGUCUGCUCCAGUGAUGUGAGCCGCAGCAGCAACGUCUGCAUGCCCAGCUCAUGCCUGGGGGGCUCCUCCUGGCAGCUUGACGACUGCCCAGAGAGCUGCUGUGAGCCCUGCAGCUGCAGCGGCCCCUCCUGCUGCCCAACCCCAUGCUGCCCUCCUGCCUCCUGCCUCACCCUUGUGUGCCGACCAAUCUGCUGCAUGCCCACCUCCUGCCAGCCCUGCCUAGCUGUCUGUGCCCCCUCCUGCUGCCAGUCCACUGGCUGUGGGGCUUCCUGCUGCCAAGCCUGUCCCUGUGCCCCCAUACAGUCCUGCUGCUGUGUGCCCCUGUGCUGCAAGCCCAGCUGCUGUGUGACCUCAGUCUGCCCAGCCUCCUCCUGCUGCCAGCCUGCCUGCUGUGUGUCCCUCACCUGUCGGCCAGUGUGCAGCCCAGGCACCUGCUGUGUGCCUCUCUCCUGCAAGCCCACCUGCUGCACGCCAGUGUGCAGCCCUGCUGCUUGCUGUGUGCCUCUCUCCUGCAAACCCACCUGCUGCACCACUUCCUCUCUUUGUUGCUUUGGCUCCUGCUGCCGUCCCACCUCCUGUGUGUCCCUCAUCUGCCAGCCAGUGUGCAAACCAGCCACCUGCUGUGUGCCUCUCUCCUGCAAACCCACCUGCUGCACCAACUCUUCCUCCUCCUGCUGCUGUGGCCCCUCCUGCUGCUGUGCCCCCUCCUGCUGCCACCCCACCUCCUCUGUGUCCCUCAUCUGCCGGCCCACCUGCUGCAGACCCUCCUGCUGCUCCACCUCCUGUGGCCAGAAAUCCUGCUGUUGAACCCAGGGCUCUGCUCUCUUUCCACCCUGCUCCCCCCUUCACGAGCCUCAGCAGCUGCCCAGCAGCACCCCCAAAGGAGGCCUCCAUUCGGCC